GAAAGAGGCGCGAGUUAACCCCAAAAAAUGCAAAUUGUCGAUCUAGAUUCGUGUACUUAAUUAAUAAAUAUAUGCUAUUCAUGAUUUAACGAAGCGUACGAAUGCCGUUCUGUGGAUACGCCCCUACUUCUACUUUGUGUCAUCCCAGAGAGAAGCAUUUUUAUCGGAUCGCCGUACCUUACGAUAAAUGACUAGAGCGCGAUAACAGGCGCCUUACGUGAGAACGAUAACUGUUGAGUCGUUGAGUGAGACAAGAUACGCAGGUGCAGUUUGCUGUGAACACGACUUGCGAAAACAUGUCUACCAUGUUGUCAAAUGAGGCUCAGCUGCGUUACAUGAUAGAAUGGUUCCAAGAAUGGUCUGAGAUGCAGCGCAAUGAUUUCUUGGGUGUGUUGCUGGAGAAUUGUGGUCCACCAGGACUCGUAAAUGGACUGGUGACUGGAAUGGAGAAGCUGGGCUGUGAAGAGUCUGAUAGGCCCCCAAGUUUGUUCCAGUGUCGUGUAAAGCUCUUCAGAGAAUGGAGUAGUAAUUGGUCCCAACGUGAGAAAGACUCUUUAUUAGCAGCGAUUAAGAAUACGGACAGUAAGUUUGCUGAAAACUAUGAAGAAAGAUUAUCAGCAUUGAUGGAAGAUAAACAGUGAUAAGUGAGCUCUACUCAAGUGAGCUUUAGAACUUAGGUUCCAUAGAGAUAUGGUAUCUAUAGCCUUUUUUUUUAAAUAUGAAUUUUUGAAAAAACCUCAUCUUUUUAUAUUUAUAUAUUUAUUUUCUUAAAGCAGGAGAGAAUGCUAGUGUUUUAUCAUGAAUGUAUAUGUAACACAGAAAUAUCAAUAUGUGAACUAUUUACUGGAAAAUGGAAUAAGUUUGAGGAAUCAUAUUUAUCGCAUAAAUUAAUCAGUUACUUAAUUAAAUUUCUUGUGUGUGAGCCAAAAUUUGAUUUAUGUCACUUCUAAGCUGAAAAAAACAUAACUAUUGGCAUUAUCUCUAAUAAUGAAGUAGAUUCCUAUUGUAAUUAAUACAUCGAAUUAAAAAGAAGAUUGUUUUGGAUAAGAUAUGUAAGAUAAUUCCACAAAUACUUGCAAAAUCUUACUUUUUAUGUUAGAAUUAGUAAUUUUUUAUCGUAUACAUUCCUCUGUCUUUGCAUUUUUUAUACUUUAUAAUCAAAUGCCAUCAUUAUAAUCAAGUCGCAUCUAUUCAUCAAUAUUAUUGUUAUCAGACUUUGUAUCUAUAUACAAAUACAACAUAUUCAACUAUAAGAAUAAGGUGAUAUAAACUAGGGAUUGCUUUAUAUCUAAUGAUUAAUUAUUAGUUUUUUGAGAAAAUUCAAGGGAAUAUUGCAUGAUUUUUGCAACAACUCUUAUUGAUAAUAUAAUUGUAUAGUUUACAAGAAAUUUUAAUGAUAAUUAUGUGAAUGGACCGAUUCUCUGGAAAUGUGCAGAACUCAGACCCUAGAGAUCUAUUUGUGUUUUUUUGUAUCUUUUAGGAACUUAAUAAACUUUAAUUUUUAAACGAUAAAAAGAAAGAUAGUUUCUAUA